CCUGGCGGGGGCGGGGGCGCCAUCUAUGGCCCUGGCACGAUCUUCCUGCCGGCACGGAGCUCUGCUCGCACGACGGCCGGGAUGGGUAACGGUUUCAGCCGCGCUGAGGGCGUGUGGACACGCUUUGGUCCCCAGUGCUAAGGUCCCCGGUGCUUCUCCGAAACUCUGUGCCGGAAGCAGCAAUCGCACGGGGACGACUCCGCCCCGCAAUGCCCGCAACCGCCAUGGCCGCCUUGGCCCCUCCUUGAGUCACAGUGUGAGUCGAUGAGCAGAAGGGAGACGCAGCAUAAAGUCCGGUAGCAGCAAGAGGAACUUUAACGUGCCCUGCACCUGUAUGGCAACCUGAAACGGUUUCUGAUGGCUUUAUCUGAUUUUUCUGAUGGCUUUAUAGCUACCUAGGGAGCUGCUGUCGUGUUGAGAGGCCACCUGUGGUCUGCUGUCUAUUGAACAUAUGCAAAAGUGGUUUUGGAAACUUCAAAUAAACUUUGAGGUGGGCACAUGGUACUGCUGGGGAGGAAAGCACAGAGGUACAGGCGAGCGUGUGUGGCCAGAGGCCCUGGAGCUCUAACACUGAGGAAUCACCACCAACCGGCCGAUGCUGUUUUGGGUUGUGACUGUCGGGAAGUGACCAAAACUCGUGUUACUUGCCCUCCACGGCGAGAGUGGCACAACCGAGAGCAGACGAACAGAAAGGUUUCCGGCUUGCUGAGUUCAGUGCAGAUCACGUUUGAACAGGGUCCUCAGUUACCGCAAGCUGCAAAUAUAAAUUGUGUGACAUGCAAGGGACAGUCAGACCACAGCAUGGUGCUAUGCUGCCAUCUGUCAGCUGAAGCUGUGAAAUUCCCUGUCUCUGUUACUCAGCAGUCCCCAGUUGCUGUUUCUGUGGACACGUAUCAUGUCACUUUGGCUGUGCUGCAGGCUCAGGUGGAGAUCCUCUUGGAGGAGAUACAGAAUGAGGGUCUCCUGGUGUCAUGGUCGUUCAAAGACAGACCAGACUUGGAUGUUUUGGUUCUGCCGCGACUUGAGCUUCCUGAGAAGGAUGAAGGGAGAGCGGACCUGUCCACUAUAAAGGAUCUGAUCGAGGAUACCAUUGUCAGCACGAAGCCAGCCAUGAUGGUGAAUUUGAUGGCCUGCACUACUGGAGCCAGUGCGGUACCCAGCAAUAAGUUGACUCGAGAGUCCCUAUCUGGAGUAGGAGCAGCCCCUCUGGGUUCUAAGCUGUUGCUCCGAAAUCUUCGAGUGCUGAACUUGGGCUGCCAGGGGAAGGGAGGCGUUGGGGAGAUACGCUGCGUGGCAGAGCUAGACAGCCCCCCGCAGCAGAAGUGGACAAGGCCAAUGACAGGUAGCAGUGUCGGUGCUGCAGGAGAGAUGGAGUGGAAUGACGAGUUCUUUCUGGAGUUGGGACCUAGAAGCAAAGAGCUGAAACUACAGGUGCUGGGGAGCAGCGAUGGAGGGGGAAAUGUGCUGCUGGCACAUGCCACACUUUUGAUAGAUUCUUUGGGCAAACAGCCAUCUGGGAGACAGGUCUGCUCACUGGCCCCAGGAGCUGGACAGUCACUGACAGCUGAAGCUGCCAUUACAUUGGAGCUGCUGUUCCAGGAGUCUCCUGCAUCUUUGAAUGCUCUGCACGCCACAUCUCUGCGAACCAGCAUUACCCCCACUAAGAAGGUGGAGAUGGACCGGACCAUCAUGCCCGAUGGCACCAUUGUGACUACUGUCACCACAAUUCAGUCCCGGCCCAAGGCAGACUGCAAACUGGAUUCACCAUCGAGGUCGCCUUCCAAAGUGGAAGUGACUGAAAAGAAGACAACAGUGCUCUUGGAGACUGGGUGUCCUCACAGCCACUUGCCCAGCAGUAGCCGGGAUAGCCAUAUGCCUAAUGGCUUGGAUCCGGUGGCCGAGACAGCAAUCAGGCAGCUAACUGAGACGAAUAACAAGACCACCAAGAAGACACCAACAAAACGUAGUACACUGAUCAUCUCAGGAGUGUCCAAGGUACCUAUUGCUCAAGAUGAAAUGGCACUUUCUCUGGGUUAUGCUUCAUCCCUGGAGGCCACAGCGUAUGGGGACUCUGAGGCAGAGAGUACAGCUGACCAGAUGCACGAUUUUACCAAAUUGUCGCGGCCACUGGAAGCAUUCCCAUUGGGACAAAGGGACUGUCAGGAGCUGGAUGAGACAACGCGAUCAGACAUCUCUGAAAGACCGUCUGUGGAAGAUGUUGAGUCUGAAACUGGCUCCACGGGAGCCCUUGAGACGAGGAGCUUGAAAGAUCACAAAGUUAGCUUUCUUCGGAGCGGUACCAAGCUCAUCUUCCGGAGAAGGAGCAAACAGAAGGAAGUGGGCCUGAGCCAGUCACACGAUGACUUGUCCAAUGUCACUGCCAACUCCACCACCAGAAAAAAAACUGGUAGCUUCUCUCACCGCCUCAUCAAACGCUUCUCCUUCAAGUCUAAAUCCAAACCCAAAGGUAGUGACAGCACAUCAGCUUGUGAGAACUGAAGGAGCCCAUUGGAAAGAUUUCUCAGAGAUUGUUUUCUAGUCUCUUGUCUUCCCACUCCAUGGUAUCUGUGACUCGCAGUCCAGUUCUUUCCAACCUUGGCUGAGGGAAGACACUCCAGUGCUUUACGCCAUUUGGGGAGCAGAGGUGGCAAACCCAGGACUUAGGCUGCUUGGCUACCUUGGCUUAGCCUUCUCUGCUUGUUGCACCCCACUGUGCUCUCCCAGAAAAUCCAAGUGGCAUGCUAAUCCCCCUGGGGUUCCCUGGAACUGCAGAAGUGACUCGGUGUGUGUAGAUGCCUGGCAUCAUCAGGUGCCUCAUGGAAACAGGGGGCAGGUCUCUCCAGUGGCAACUUUCAGAGCUACUGGGUUAGCUACAGUGCCGAGAAGUGUGGGAUGUAGCCUCACUCAGCUCUUCUAGUGACAGAGAAUGAUGCAGUCGCUGAUGAUCUAAACACUAUUAUUGCUUGUGCUUGGUGCAGAGGCUGUAACCUGAGGUGCGCCGCAGUGUGGUGCGUUCCUGGCUGUGAGCUGUUAGAGGACAGCUGUCAGCUGUCAAAGUUGUGUCCUCUAUCUGUCUCAGCAUUGGAACAGUCUCCUUCAGACAGCACUGAGGAAUCCCUGUUUUCUGUGCUGUGUUGGUGAAGGAAGAAAUCCCUAAGAAGAAGGAAGUUUUAACCACUACACAGGUUUUUGUAGAAGCCCUCGCCCUCGCAAGAAUGCCUGGUCAGUGCUGUCGGUUCUGUUACCCUGUGUAACUGCCCUGUGACACAACACUCCUUCCACAUCUGUGUUCUUGAACAGGGAAGGGCCUGUACACCACCUACUGUAUGAGCAUAUCCCUUACUCUUGGGGGAGGUUGGGGAUAUUGCCAAAGGGCUGCCAGGCUGUCUUCCAGACUUGCCGAGUGUCCAGUCUCGUGCUGUCACGGUUCUCGUGCCAAGGACUGGCACCGUGCUGGGGAUGGAUGGCAAAGAAUAAGGCAAGGAAUGUAGCGAAAGUCUGAUGCGGACCCUGAAGGCACGUGGCAAAAAGGCAGAAGAGUUUACAUGUUACCACUGAUGGGUUUCCUUUAGUAGAGGGAAUCUUUCUGGAUUGCAUUUGGUAUUUUCUUUCUUCUUGCAAACAUGAUCCACCCGUUUAAAUGGAGGGCAUUUGCAGAGAGGGAGAGGCAUACAGGGGAAAAUAGAAUCCCUGUGCAGGAGGAGACUGUCUUUCUAGAGAAACAGUUGUCCAGUCUCCUGGCCCGUACACAUUUUAUCUAUAGUGUCCCGUGAAGUUCCCUUCACAUAGCACAUAGCAAUGCUCUGGAGAAACACUCGUGCCCUGUCAACAUUCCUGGUUUGAGAGAAAGCUCCUGCUCUCCUGUGGGUUGUCAAGUUAAGAAGGUGGGACAGAGGGGAGGGAAAACCUUACAGAAGAGCUAUUUCCCAGGCCCAGCUGGAUUCUGUUGCUCUGCUCUUCCGCUGGAGCACCUCCUGUGGUGGUGUCUGUUGCCCUUAUGCAGGAUGCUGCCAACUGAAAAAACAGCUCCCUUGAUGGUGCGGGCAAAAUGUGUUUCUUGAAAGGCCAAACCCUGAUUUGCUGAUACUGCUGUCAUUUCCAAGGACCAGAACGCGUUCGGUGUGCUGCAGCAAAAGGAUUUACAGGAGGCCGUUUCUUGCCUGUUUGUACAGGUGGGAAAGGCCAGAGUUAGCAAGGGUGUAAUUGAAAGUGCCAGUGUGUGCUUGCAGGAGGGACUCUUGGCUGUUUUUCCUGCUGAUUCCUCACAUGGUUGGGCAUGUAUGAGUCCAAAAAAUCGUAUUGGCUCAGCUGGCUGACCAGAAACCUCUACAUCUGUUUUGGUCUGGGAGUCUUUGUUAUGCCCACAUAUGCUCUGUUAGGUCUUUUAUCCUUUGUUUCUUUCCGUGUCCGCAUGGCACUGUGGCUUUUUUUGCACUUCCAUGCGCUACGGAUGUCAGAACUCAAUGUUUCUCACUGAGGAUCAUUUUCCUUGAUGCGAGUGACUGGUUUGUGUUACAGUGCCGUAGGAACUUGGCCAUGUGUAACUUUCCUGUAGCAAUCCAGCUGCUAGUUUCACAUAGCCUUCUUUUGCUGGGUUGGUGUGGUGCUGUCACGUGGUGCUCAGGCACACCCUUGUUCCCAAAAUCUCCGAAUUUGGUUUCAAUUUGGUAUUCUCUCUUGCACCAUUCCCUCUUGUAGCUGUGACAGUAUGUUCCAUUUUUGGAUUUUAUUUAUUUGUUUUAAUACCAUUUCAAGGUACUAAACCUCCCACUUCUCUGGUGGGAGGCUGUGAAGCCUUGCACCAGAAAUGUUGAUUUGAGUGGAAGAGCCUGCAGUUCUUCAGUUUUGGGUUAAUCAAGGACCUGCGGUGAGUCUCAUUUGAUAGUCCCGUGUUCUUUUCUUUAAACUGUAAGAGCAGCUUGAGCUGUCUUGGUGCGGAGUGGCUGGAAGUGAACAACGAGGGUCACCACUGUUCUUUGGAAUCAGGGAUCUCAGGCUUGUGUACACAGGGAGAACUGUGAAGGCUAGCCAGUGUUGUCCUUGUCACUGUAGACUGGAGGCAGGAAAGGCAAGGUUUCUAUUGGACAAAUACAUACCUAGAUUCUUGACCAGCAUAUUUUGGUCUGGCUUGGAGGAGGAGAUGAUAGGAAAGGGAGUAAAACAGAAGCUUGGCCUUGGGAACCUUUUCUACCCAUGUUAAAUGGGCAGUUCCUGUCUUACGUCUGUGGCUUUUCUGCUUUGUUCCUGGUUUGUUGGCUCCAGGCUAUGCCUGCCAGUGACUUGCAAUGGAGAUAUGGUUUUUGAUUUUGAACUUGAUGUGGCAGAAGACACCUGCACUGUGUGUGGCAUAACAAAUGGCACAUGGGAAGCAUGCCAGUUAGGGGCAUAUCUUCCCUUGAACUUUUAGCAGCGUUUUUUACCACAAUUGUCCUGCAAAUCUGUAUCUGGUUAGUGAGCUUGCAAAGGAAAGGGAUGUUGUCAAGUGUUGUAAGAGCGCAUCCCCAAACAUUAGAUCCUACAUCUGCUUGUGUUUCCUAGAGGAGAUGUAUUUUCUGGCAUUUUGUUGCUUCUCAAAGUUGUACAGCCUAGGAGCGGUGUUGUAACCUUUUAUCUUAUUUUGAAUGGUCUCUGUAAAUGCAGACUGUUUUUCAGGGCGUUUGGCAAAGGUAGUAUUUGAGGAACAGAGGGAUAGCAGGGCAUAGGUCUGCUGUGUGCAUUGGAAAUUUUUUUGUUCUGAUAUGCUCCUCAUUGACCAUGUGGAUCUUUCCUCUUCUUAUUUGGACAAGGCUUUCUUUCUGGCCAUAGAGAUGCUUUCAUCCCCCAGGCAGUAGGUGCUGGUUUUGUUAGUCCUGACUAUGAGAGCACAGGUUGCUCUUCCUGGUUUCUCGAAGGCAUGUAUGGUAGUGAAUCCGCCUCAUGGUGGAGGUUUGAUUAUUGGCGUGAGAAACAGUUUGUCUAUCCUAAUCUUCUCAGAUGGAAAGAGAAGGUCACAUAGAGUUUUGUUCUCCAGAAGCUGCUAAGACAAAGUCCCCAGGAAUUUCCCCCCAUAGAAUGGCUGCUUUAAGAAACCUCUUUUGUAUUUAUUCCCUAAUUCUGUUUGUGGCUUUUGGACAGAAGAAAUGCUGUUUGAAAUCUACUCUCCUUGUUUAACUUCUUCCAAAAACCUGUGCUCUGUGCUGUGCUUCUGUGGACCCUGUGGCAUUUUGUAAUGCGUGGGACCACAGAGCAGCCCCAUGAAUGGCGCAGACUACCAUUAAACUUUUUAAGCUUGAAUGAUCUGCAGUUGGCAGAUUGUUGUCUCAGGGUAGGCUCACUAUUUGCACCUUGUGAAAUUGGUCCUUGACCAAAUAAAUGGCAGAAGAGGAACAGCAGAGCGGUGGGCUUGAAUGCAUGGAGGCUUCAACCUGCAUAUGAGGGCCUGCGUUCCAGACCUGUGUUUUGCUACUGGCUGUACAAGCAGAGCAGUCACUUGUAAAUGAAGCCAAAGUAGGCAUUUUGUUGAGAUUGUUUUCAUUUAUUGUUUGUUUUGGUUUGCUUAGAGGGUUUUUGUUUGUUGGGGGUUUCUUUUUUGUUUGUGUGUUUUGUUUGUUUUGUUUUGUUUGUUUCCUAUUUUGGCUGAACAGUUUAACUGGAAUUUACCUAUGCUGUGUAUUUUUACUUCUCUGAAGAAAAUAGAUUAACACUAGCUGUAAGCCCUAAGUAUGCUUGUAAGUAUGUAUCUGUCUGGAUACAUCUUCUCCCUGUGCUUAGGCAAGGCUGUUUAAGAGUCUCGUCAUCCGCAAUGCCCCCUCUGUUGGCCGAUGAGAGAUAUCCUCUCGAGUCAGUGGAAAAUGGACACAAGAAAAAAUGAAGAGAACCUCAAAACCUCAGUGUUCUGAGGCUGCCAUAGCACGUUGGAUGUCUGAGGCCAGAGGAGUUGGGUGGAUGGAUGUCUGUUUGCAUGUGCUUGUAAUUAGAGCAUGCCCUGCAACUGCCUAUACUGGUAACAGUGCGGAGUGACCGAGGACAACAGUGACAAUAGAUGGGACAGGAGAGUGGCCGUACCAGCUUCUGUGGCAUUCAUAUGCGUUUUUUUGCACAGACUUCUGCAGGGGCAGACCUGAGCAAGCAAGCCUAAUUCCUGCCUCUUGCAAACACCCUCAUGUUGCUUAUGCAGUUGAGGGUGGGGUUUUAGGCAACUUGACUGAAACGGGGAAGAGCGAGGGGAGACUGCUUGGGUGGAGAGCCAGUUCAGUGGAGGGGAAUGUAACGAAAACUUCUUCAAACCAUGGGCACAUGCUAUUUUUAGACUAGAACUGGGCGUAUGGCAAAUGUUUUUGUUAGUUUUUUGGCUUUAGCGAUGCAAUAGCUUCUCUUGGGUCAUUGUUUGCUAAACCUACAGUGAAGUCAUUUCUUAGUAGGUGAGGAGAUGCCUUGAGUGUUUGGAGGGUUGUCGUUUGUGAUCCUUUUGCAUUGUUCUCGCCAUCCCACCCCGCCUACUACUAGAUCACGAUGAGUCUCAGGGUAGAGUACCAGUCCCAGUGAUUGUCACACUUCUGGCAACGGUGUGCUUGUGACAGCACAGCUCCUUCUACAGGCAUGACUGCUCCAUAUCACCUUUCCUUGAUUUGUAAGGUAUGGGACCAAAUACCCACAUGGAAUUUGAACUCGUGCCCCUCCUUGUGUGUCAUCUUUUGUACUUUGAUGCUUUCUGUCUGGGUGGAUUAUCUUGACCGCACAUUGUUCUGGUGGGAAAAUUUGAACUAUGUAGCUAAUAAUGAAAAUAAAACUACAUAUGACUAAAUGAAGUUCUUGCACCUUUGUAAAUCUCAAAGAAGAAUUCUAUUGCUGUGUAAUGGCUGAAUCUGUUAACUUAUUAAACAACAUGAAAAUCAAAA